AUGGCCAAUUUAACUAACGACACAUAUACAUCUUAUGGAAUCGGAAUGUCUUUUCACGACGAAAACACCUCAUUUGAAGAGUCUAAUUUGGUCAAGAUUAUUUUGAGCGUCGUACUCAGUGCGUCGAUGACGUUAAGUUUGAUCGGCAAUUGCUGUACAUGUGCUGUCAUUUGCCGAGAGAGAUCAAUGAGAAUCCCAACGAAUUAUUACCUUCUGAAUCUAGCUAUUACAGAUUUGAUGACUGCUCUGUUUAUUCCUAUUGAAAUAUACAUGCUUUGGGUUCAAGAUUAUUAUCCAUUGGGCGAUGAAGGUUGCAGAAUGCAUUUUCUUAUUUGGGAUGUCCUAAGUAACUGCAGUGUAUUAACAAUUUUAGCUUUCACCGUAGAACGUUACCUCGUUAUAUCCAAGCCGUUCUUAAGACAAAGGUUGGCCUUAAAUUCUCGUGUGUUUAAGAUAAUCACUGCAGUGUGGAUAAUUGCAUGCAUUUUUUCGAUACCUAAUGGCAUUUACGCAUAUUUGGUGGAGAAAAAAGAAAAUAUUUACUGUUGUCUUACAGUAAAGGAUAAUGAUAAAAUAUACUUGAUAGCCGUCGAACUCAUAGUAUUUUUCGUUGUCCCAAUGACUGUCAUAUUUGUUCUCUAUGUGUUGAUAGCAUUGAAUUUAAAAUCCAAAAGGUCGCAAACACCGCAUCCCGCGCUUGGUAAACAAAACAAAAAUAAAGCUGUCAAAAUGUUAGCGGCUGUGGCAGCUUCGUUCUUUAUUUGUUGGUCACCUUACACUGUUCUCCGUCUCAUAAUCCUGAUACCACGACAAAAGUACAACGAUUACUUCCAGCUGGAGCGCAUUUUCCUCUACUUAAGCACGAUAAACAGCUACCUGUCGACAGCCGUCAAUCCCAUACUCUACAGCCUAAUGUCGCGGAAGUUUCGACAUGCUUUCAAAGAUUUGUUAAAGUCGAGAACGCAAAACCGUAACCAUCGCAAACAGCAAGGAUGCAACAAUUUGCAACUACAACCUGUAUUAAAACCUCAUUAUAUAUAA